GUUCAGCUGCGUCUCGGUGGGUUUUGUUCAGACUGCAGAAUCUUCAUCUUCAACUCUUUGGACUGUUUGAAGAAACUAUGAACGUGUGUGUGUGAGCUGAUGUGGACGUGAAUUCAGCAGAAUGGAUCAGUGUGAGGACGGAGAGGAGGGAGUCCCUCCCUCUAAAACCUCUCUGUGUGGGGAACAUGAGAGUCGGAGCAAAGCUCAGAGGAAUCAACCUGGACUUGGACCCGGACCUGGACCCAGCUGUGUGUCUUUUAAGAGCGACCGGUCAAAAGGCAGGAGGUUAAUUAACUUUAAAAGAGACCGACGUUCCGCUGUAAAGAGGGUCCAUAAGAAAAGAGACUCUCUUGAACAUGAACCCAGCUGUGUGUCUUUUAAGAGCGACCGGUCAAAGGGCAAGUUCAUUAACUUUAAAAGAGAGAGACGUUCUGCUGUAAAUAGGGUCCAUAAGAAAAGAGACUCUCUUGAACAUGAACCCAGCUGUGUGUCUUUUAAGAGCGGCCGGUCAAAGGGCAAGUUCAUUAACUUUAAAAGAGUCCGACAUUCCGCUGUAAAGAGGGUCCAUCAGGAAAGAGACUCUCUUGAACAUGAACCCAGCUGUGUGUCCUUGAAGAGCGACCGGUCAAAGCGAAUGUUUAUUGACUUUAAAGGAGACCAACAGUCUUCUUCACGGCUGAAGUCUAAGCUGAAGAAGAAGUACCGGUGUAUGUUUGAGGGGAUUGUUAAACCACGAAACCCAACCCUUCUGAAGCAGAUCUACACAGAGCUCUACAUCACAGAGGGAGGGACUGGAGACAUCAACAAUGAACAUGAAUCAGAGCUUCACAGUGAACACCAGCAUGUUGUUUCUCUGCAGCUCAGUUCAGCUGAGAUCAUUCAGUUCAUGUCCGCUGCAGUUGGUUUGCUGCACAUGUGA